GUGGGGCCGGGCGGGCUUUCUGUCGUGAGGCGGCGGAGGGGCAGCGUCGCCGCGGCCAUGGUGCUGGAGUCGGUGGUGGCCGACCUCCUCAACCGCUUCCUGGGCGGAUACGUGGAGAACCUCAACAAGUCCCAGCUCAAGCUCGGCAUCUGGGGCGGUAACGUGGCCCUUGAGAACUUACUCAUCAAAGAGAAUGCCCUGAGUGAAUUGGAUGUACCUUUCCGUGUAAAGGCUGGGCAGAUAGAUAAGCUCACUCUGAAGAUACCUUGGAAGAAUUUAUAUGGCGAAGCCGUCGUUGCAACCCUCGAAGGCCUAUAUCUUCUUGUUGUUCCCGGCGCAAGCAUAAAAUAUGAUGCUGAGAAAGAAGAAAAGUACCUGCAGGACAAUAAGCAGAAGGAGCUGACGAGGAUCGAGGACGCAUUGCGCAAAGCAGCAGAAAAGGGCGACCACUCCGAUUUCAUUUAUGGCCUGGAGAACAUAGUGUACAAAGAGGCCAAACCUGGACGUAAGUCUAAAAAGGCUAAAAAGCGCUUUAAGAAACCGUUCAAAGGCCACGAUCACGCCAAAGACAAACCAAAGGAAGAGAAGAAAGACACCUUUUUGGAGAAGCUUGCCACGCAGGUCAUCAAAAACGUCCAGGUCAAAAUCACCAGCAUCCACGUCAAGUACGAGGACGACAUUACGGACCCCGGCCGGCCGCUUUCCUUUGGGAUGACUUUGGGAGAGCUCAGCUUAUUGACUGCGAAUGAACACUGGACUCCUUGCAUCCUGAAUGAAGCUGCAAAGAUCAUAUACAAGCUCUUGCGGCUUGAUGCGCUCAGCGUCUAUUGGAAUGUGGACAGCGAAAUGUAUUAUCACGCUUCCCGGGAACAGAUCCUGGAGCGGUUGAAAAGAGGGGUCCCUUCUCCCAGCCAAAAGCUGCCAAAUGAUCAGUAUAUCUUCAAGCCGGUCUCGGCCUCGGCCAAGCUCUACCUGAACCCUCACGCGGAGACGGAGCUGCAGACGCCCAAGAUGGACUGGAGCAUGGAAGUCCAGAGCAUUGCCGUUGAGCUGACCAAGCCCCAGUACCUGAGCAUGAUUGACCUCCUGGAGUCUAUCGAUUAUAUGGUUCGAAACGCUCCGUACAGAAAAUACAGGCCGGAGGCACCGCUCCAUCAGAACGCCAGGCAGUGGUGGAAAUACGCCGGAAACAGCAUCCUGGAGGUCCAUAUCAGGCGGUGCUCCCGCAUGUGGUCCUGGAGCAACAUCCGGCACCACAGGCAACUCCUCAGGAAUUACAAAAACACAUACAAAAACAGGUUGACGCAGACCAAAGUGUCAGAAGAAACCCAGAAACAACUGCAGGACCUAGAAAAAGGCCUUGAUGUCUUCAACAUUAUUUUGGCGAGGCAGCAAGCCCAGACGGAGGUGAUCCGGUCAGGGCAGAAGCUCCUGAGGAAGAAAUCGGCCGACGGGGAGAAGAAAGGCGGCGGGUGGUUCAGCGGGUUCUGGGGGAGGAAGGACUCCAAGAAGAAAGAUGACGAGGAGGAGCCCUCCGUCCCGGAAACCAUUGACGACCUCAUGACGCCCGAAGAGAAGGCCAAGCUUUUCACGGCCAUUGGUUACAGUGAUAGUUCCCACAACCUGGCCUUGCCCAAGAAGUACGUGGCGCACGUGAUGUCUGUGAAGCUCCUGAGCACCUCCUUGACCAUCCGAGAGGACCGGGACGUCCCCGAGACCCUGAAGAUCCAGAUCAUCGGCUUGAGCACCACCAUCUCCCAGAGGCCCGGAGCCCAAGCCCUGAAGGUGGAGGCCAGGCUGGAGCACUGGUACGUGACGGGCCUGAAGCAGAAGGACGUGGUGCCCUCCCUGGUGGCCUCCAUCGGGGACGCCCGCUCCUCCCUGCUCAGGAUCGCCUUUGAGACCAACCCCGAAGGAGGCACCGCCGACCAGAGCCUCUCCGUGGAGUCCCAGCCCGUGGAGAUCAUCUACGAUGCCAGGACGAUCAAUGCGCUGGUGGACUUCUUCCGGACGAGCAAAGGCAUGGACCUGGAGCGCUUGACCACGGCCACGCUCUCGAAGCUGGAAGAGAUCAAGGAGCGGACAGCCACGGGGCUCACGCACAUCAUUGAGACGCGCAAGGUCCUGGACCUGAGGGUCAACCUGAAGCCCUCCUACCUCCUGGUCCCCCAGACGGGCUUCCACCACGACUCCUCCAGCCUCCUCAUCCUGGACUUUGGCGCUUUUCAGCUGAACAGCAUCCACCAAGGUGGCAGCCAGGCUCCAGGAGCAUCGCUGGAGGAAAUUAUGGACCAGGCUUAUGACAAGUUUGACGUGGAAAUCAAGAACGUGCAACUGCUCUUUGGCAGAUCAGGAGAAGACUGGAAGAAGGCCCGGUCGGAGCAUCCGUCCACGCUGCACAUCUUGCGCCCCAUGGACAUCCGUGUCCAGCUGGCCAAGUCCAUGGUCGAGAAGGACAUCCGGAUGCCCAAGUUCAAAGUCUGUGGGGAGCUUCCGCUGGUCCACCUGGGCAUCUCCGACCGGAAGAUCCAGGGCGUCUUCCAGCUGCUGGAGAGCAUCCCUUUCCCACAGAAGUUGGAUGCCGCUUCGGCCCCGAGCACCAUGAAAGCACCUGCCAUUCCCAUUGUGACGAAUACAAGAAAGACAUUCCUUGGGACGCCUCUGUUGCUGGAAGGAGUGGCAUCAGACUCGGAUGAGGAGUAUUUUGAUGCCGACGAGGAGGAGGGCGGUGGCGCCGGGCAGAGCGCAAAGCCCGUCAAGGCCGAGGCCGAGGCUGCGCCCAGGCCGGAGGAAGAGCUCACCCACCUCCAGCUCAAGUUCGAAAUCAGGGAGGUGGUGCUGGAGCUGACCCGGCAGCUGCACCGGGAGGAGAAGGUGCUGGUGUUCGGCGUCCGGCAGCUGGGCAUGGAGGCCGUGCUCAGGACCUACGACUUGAGGGCCGUCUCGUACUUGAGGAGAAUCAGCCUGGAUUACUACGAAACCCAAGGCAAAAGGCAGCAGCAGCUGCACUUAAUCAGCUCUUCGGAUAAGCCCGGGUUGGACCUCCUCAAAGUGGAGUACACCAAGGCCGACAUAAACGGUCCAAAGUUCCAGACAGAGUUUGACAACACAGAACAAACAGUCCAGGUGUCGUUCUCCUCCUUGAACCUGCUCUUGCACACGCAGGCCUUGCUCUCCGCCAUCAAUUACCUGCUGGCCGUCCUGCCAGACAAAAGGCCGGACCCUCCGCCCCCGGGGCCUUCUUCCCAGGCGCCGGGAGCAAAGCCCAGCAAAGAGGCCCCGCUCGCCAAGAAAGUGACGAAGCCCAGCAAAGACAAGGACGUGUUUGACUUCAAGCUCUUUGCCAAGUUGGACGCCUUCUGCAUCAGCGUCUGCGACGAGAAGAGCAACAUCGCCGACAUCCGGGUUCAAGGCCUGAACUCCUCUCUGUUCCUUCAAUCGAGCCAGACGACGCUCUUUGCGCGGCUGAAGGAUAUCGUGGUCACGGACGUCGAUUCCAAGACGGUUCAUAAAAAGGCGGUUUCCAUUGUAGGCGACGAAGUCUUCAGUUUCAACUUGGCCCUGUAUCCGGGGGCGACGGAAGGCGAUGCCUAUUCGGACAUGUCCAAAGUGGACGGGAUGGUCUCGCUCAAAGUGGGCUGCAUCCAGAUCAUCUAUCUCCACAAAUUCCUCAUCUCCCUCCUGAACUUCCUGGGCAGCUUCCAGGUGGCCAAAGAGGCCUUGAGCGCGGCCACGGAGAAGGCGGCCGAGAGAGCGGCCACCAGCGUGAGGGACCUGGCCCAGCGGAGCUUCCGCCUGGCCAUGGACAUCGACCUCAAAGCCCCGGUGAUCUUCGUCCCUCAGUCCUCGGUCUCCUUCAACGCCGUGGUGGUGGACCUUGGGCUGAUCAAGGUGCAGAACAAGUUCAGUUUGGUCCCGGCCAAGGACUGCCCGCUCCCCCCGGUCGUGGACAGAAUGGAGGUCCAGCUGACGCAGCUGAAGAUGGCCAGGACGAUCCUGCAGCCGGGUUUUUCGCAGCCUGAGAUCCCGAUCCUGCACCCCAUUAACCUGAACCUCUCUGUGGAUCGCAACCUGGCCGGAUCCUGGUAUCGCAGGAUACCCAUGGUGGAAGUCAAGGGCUACCUGGAUGCCAUGGAUGUUGUCCUGAAUCAGGAAGACCUGAACGUCCUGCUGAAAAUACUGACAGAAAACCUGGCCGAAGCGGAUAAAACGGUGGGAGGCACGGAGCCAGUGGCACAAACUAAAGAAUUUCCCAGCAGCCCCAAAGGCCUCUCUGCCCAGAAGGACAUCCCGCUGAAUAACGCAUUGGCGGCAUCCAAAGAAACCGCGCAGGAAGAUGUGACCAACAUGCUGCUCAACUUUGAAAUCAAAAAGGUUGUAGUGACCUUAACCAAACAAGCCGAUCAGCAGAGCUUCCCGUUGCACCGCUUGACCGUCCUGCAGCUCGGGACAGAGAGCAGGGUCAAAAGCCACGACCUGACGGCCACGGCCUACCUUAAGAAGAUCGACAUGAAGUGCCUGGAAUUCACAGAUUCCAAAGGAAAUCCCUUGAGCAUCGUCAGCUCUUCGGACGACUCUGGCGCGCAUCUUUUGAAGAUGGAAUACAUCAAGGCGGAUGCCGACGGGCCCCAUUUUGAAACAGUCUACAAAAACACCAAGCAAGUCUUAGAUGUCUCCUUUUCCUCUCUGGACCUGCUGCUCCACAUGGAUGCCUUGCUGUCCAUCAUGAACUUCUUCUCGUACGCCUCCAGCGGCUUCGCGGGGACCGAGAAGGGGGCGGAGGCCAAGCUUCCCUCGGAGGAGCCCGUUAGGACGGUCCUCCCCAAACCAGCAGCCCCCGUCCCUUCUGCCCCGGACCACGUGUUCGACCUGAAGCUCACGGCCCGAUUGAACGCCUUCAACAUUUGGGUCUGCGAUCAACAGGGAGACCUUGCAGACAUGCGCAUACAAGGGAUGGAGGCCUCUGUCUUCACCAUGCCCAAGCAGACCGAAAUGUUUGCCAGGCUCCGGGACUUCGUUGUCAUCAAUGUCGACCCCAAGGCAGUUCACAAAAAGACGGUCUCGAUCGUGGGAGACGAAGUCUUCCGCUUUGCCCUGUCGCUUUACCCAGAAGCCACUGCGGGUGAGGCCUACAUGGACGUGUCCAAAGUGGACGGCCGAAUGUCCUUGAAAGUGGGCUGCAUCCAGAUUGUGUAUCUGCACCAAUUCUUCAUGUCGCUGCUGAACUUCCUGAACCACUUCCAAGCCGCCAAGGAGGCCCUGAGUGCGGCCACUGCUCAAGCCGCCGAACGGGCCGCCUCCAGCAUGAAGGACUUUGCCCAGAAGAGCUUCCGCCUUUCCAUGGAGGUCGACCUGAAGGCGCCCGUGAUCGUGAUCCCGCAGUCGGCCGUCUCGCGCAACGCCUUGGUGGCCGACCUGGGCCUGAUCACCGUCCAGAACACCUUCCGGCUGGUCCCAGGAGACACGUCCACGCACCCGCCCGUCAUCGACAACAUGGAUAUUCAGCUGACUCAACUGAAGAUAUCCAGGACUCUGAUAGCGGAAGAUUCCCAGCCAGAGAUUGAAAUUUUGCAGCCGGUCAAUCUCCAGUUGUCCGUCCAGAGGAAUUUGGCUGCAGCUUGGUAUCUGCAAAUCCCAGGGAUUGCGGUCAAAGGAGACCUGAAGGCCAUGCAGGUCUCUCUCAGUCAGGAUGACUUGACGCUUCUGAUGAAGAUUUUGCUGGAAAACCUCGGGGAAGCCUCUGCGGAUGCGCGGGCCACCCCAUCCACCUCAUCGGAAGCCCAGAAGUCGAAAAAGAGCAAAGGCGGGACGGAGGCCGAGCACGAAAAAGACAGUCUGACAGCCGCGGGAGAGAAAGACCUUUCCGAAGCCAAGCCCAAGGACAGCGUGACUCUUCUGUUUGAGUUCAACUUCGAAUCGCUUUCUCUUGUUCUCUUCAAUGCUGCUGUUGACCAGGGAUCUCAGUAUUCGCUUCAUGACAACAGUUUGCGUCUGGGAGAACUCCGGCUGCACCUGAUGACAGCAACGGGGCAAAUGUUCUCCAACGGCUCUAUGGGUAUCAACACGAAGCUGAAAACGUGCACGUUGGAUGACCUGAGAGAAGGGAUUCAGAGGGCCACCUCGAGAAUGAUAGACAAAAAAGACGGAGGGGAUGACAGCGUCAUGAUGGAUAUCAGCUACACACAGGACAAAAGCGGGACAGAAAUUAUUUCCGUCUUGGACAAGCUCUACCUUUGUGCCAGUGUGGAGUUUCUCUUGACAGUGGCGGAUUUCUUUGUGAAAGCCAUGCCGGCUACAUCUUCUUCCUCUGAGAAAUCGGCCCAGUUCCAUCUGAAGCAAGCCUCUCAAGGGAAGCCGAAACCAGAGAAAGACGAGUCCCUGCAUCCCAACGUGUCGAUGGUGGUGCGGAUCACGGACCCGGAGGUGGUCUUUGUGGCCAACCUGACCAAGGCGGACGCUCCGGCGCUGUCGGCCUCCUUCCAGUGCGACUUCUCCCUGUCGAGCGGGCCUCUGGCGCAGCGCAUGGCGGCCCACGUGCGGGAGCUCCGGGUCCUGGCCUGCCCCUUCCUCCGCGGGAAAGGAGAGAAGAGCCUCACCACGGUGGUCCAGCCUUGUUCUCUGACCAUGGAGGCCAUGAUGCACGCUUCGGGGAUGAAGGCGGUGGACGUGGUGGUGGAGGAAUUCAUUAUCAAGAUUUCCCCCAAAAUCCUCAACACGGUCAUGACCAUCCUGGCCGCCAUGAAGGCCAAGCCGAGGGAGGAGGAGCCCGGAGGGGCCUCCUGCGCCACGGCCGACGACCUCUGGGGCGUGAAGCCCGUGGACCGGUGCCAGUACUGGUUCCUGGGGGUGGACAUGGCCACCGAGGCCACCGAAGACUUCCUGGCCAGCCAGACCGGCACGAGGCAGGAGAGCUUCCACGCGCAGGUGCGCUCCGUCCAGGUCACCUUGGAGUGCGGCCUGGGCCACCGCACCGUCCCCCUCCUGCUGGCCGAGUCCACCUUUUCCGGGACGGUGACCAACUGGUCCUCCCUCCUGGCCGCCCAAGGAGACAUGACGCUGGAGGUCCAUUAUUACAACGAAACCUAUGCCGUUUGGGAGCCCCUUAUUGAGCGAACGGAGAAGGAGAAACGGCAGUGGAAACUAAAGCUAGAAAUGAAGACGAACCCAGAGCAAGAGCGGGGAGGGUUGCUUCCCGGGGACGACUUUGUCGUCUUGCCCGAACCGCAGAGCGCCGUUCACAUCUCUUCCAAGGACACCAUGAACAUCACCAUCUCCAAGGCCUCCCUCGCUGUCUUCGACAAUCUCGCCAAGGGCUUCUCGGAGGGGGCGGGCUCCACCUACGACUACACCCUCAAGGACCGGGCCCCCUUCACGCUGAAGAACGCCCUGGGCCUCCCGCUCAAGGCCCACACCUGCCGCAGCCUCCAGGUCAUCGGCUCGGCCGCGGGAGAGGACAUCCACGACGUCCGGGUGGGGGAGACCCUGGAGCUGGACUACGCCGCCCUGGAGCCCCAGCGCAGGGGAAAGCUCUCGGCCUUCUACCGCCAGGAGAGCUCCCUCUUCACCCUGAGCUUCGGGCCGGAGGGAUACACCGAAGUGGCCAACGUGCCCAUUGCGAAGCCGGGCAGAAGGCUGUACAACGUCAGAGCCCCCCAGCUCGACCAUUCGGACUCCGUCGUGGUGCAGAUCGACGCAGAAGAAGGGAACAAAGUGAUCACCAUACGCUCCCCGCUGCAGAUUAAGAACCACUUCUCUGUUCCGUUUAUCGUUUACAAAUUUGUGCGGGAGGGGAGGCUGCUGGAGCCCAUCGGGGUCUCCAAGCCGGAGGAGGAAUUCCACGUCCCGUUAGAUUCGUACAGGUGCCAGCUCUUUGUGCAGCCGACGGGGGUCUUAAAGGGCCGGUACGAGCCCUCCCGCACCUUCAUCUCCUGGCGGGAGGAGCUGCACCGGAGCCGCGAGGUGCGCUGUGUGCUGCAGUGCCCGGCCAGCGAGGCCAGCUUCCUGCCGCUGGUGGUGAACUCCACGGCUGUGCCCGACGCCCUGAGCUUCCUGGCCACCAACGGGGAGGACUGGGACCCGGCCUACAUCCUCCACCUGCACCCGCCCCUCACUCUCCGGAACCUGCUGCCCUACUCCUUGCGAUACCUCCUGGAGCGAACGGCAGAAUCCCACGAGCUUGCGGAAGGGAGCACGUCCGACGUCCUGCAGGCCACGCUGAGUGGGGAGAUCAUGGAGCUGGUCCUGUGCAAGUACCAGGGGAGGGACUGGAGCGGACACUUCCGCCUCUCGGACGCGCUGCCCGAGUUCUUCCCGGUGCGCUUCACCUCCGACUCCGCCGAGGCCGCGACGGUGGACGUCUACCUCCACGUGCGGCGGGUGGGGGGCCGCGUGGUCCUCUCGGUCUACAGCCCCUACUGGAUCAUCAACAAGACCUCCCGCGUCCUCCAGUACCGGGCGGAGGACGUCCACGUCAAGCACCCGGCCGACUAUCGGGACAUCGUCUUGUUCUCCUUCAAGAAGAAGAACAUCUUCAGCAAGAACAAAAUCCAGUUGAGCAUCUCGACCAGCACCUGGUCCAACAGUUUCUCUCUGGACACCGUCGGAAGUUACGGAUGCGUGAAAUGCCCGGCCAGCUCCAUGGACUUUCUGGUCGGCGUGAGCAUCAAGAUGAGCAGCUUCAACCUGACCCGGAUCGUCACCCUGACCCCCUUCUACACCAUUGCAAACAAGUCCUCCUUGGAGCUGGAAGUGGGCGAGAUGGGAGCGGAUGGCUCCAUGCCUACCAACAAGUGGAGCUACUUUUCGUCUUCAGAGUGCCUCCCAUUCUGGCCAGAGAACCUGUCUGGCAAGCUGUGCCUUCGGGUGGUCGGCUGCGACCGCGUUUCCAAAACCUUCUUCUACAACCGGCAGGAUAACGGGACGUUGCUCAGCCUGGAAGAACUGAAUACAGGUAUCCUAGUGGAUGUGAAUGUCUCCGAGCACUCCGUCGUCAUCACCUUCUCCGACUACCACGAGGGCGCCGCGCCGGCCUUGAUCAUCAACCACACCCCGUGGGUCGCACUGAAAUACAAGCAGAGCGGCUGCCAAGAAGAGGUGGAGCUCAAGCCGAGGGAGGUGUGCCUCUUUGCGUGGGCAGACCCCACCGGAGUCAGGAAACUCAGCUGGGCCUAUGCGCAGAACUUUGGGGAAGACGACCUCCUCAAGGACGACUGUGGGCAGUUCCCCUACAACUCCAACACGCAGAUCCACUGGGUCUCCUUCCUGGACGGGCGUCAGCGGGUGCUGCUCUUCACGGAGGACGUGGCGCUGGUGUCCAAGGCCCGGCAGGCGGAGGAGCUGGAGCAGCCCGAGCAGGAGGUCAGCCUGGCCCUCCACAGCCUGGGCCUCUCCCUGGUCAACAACCACAACAAGCAGGAGAUCUCCUACGUCGGCAUCACCAGUUCCGGCAUCGUCUGGGAAUGGAAGCCAAAGCUGCGGUGGAAGCCGUUCAGCCAGAAGCAGAUCGGCCUCCUGGAGAACGCCUACCAGAAGCACCUCUCCGGCGGAGGGGCCGAGGCCUGGGUCAGGAUCGAGGGCAACCUCGAGGUCAAUUUCAGCAAGACGCCGAUGGAGAUGCGCCUCCCGCUCCGGUGCAGCAUCAAGCGGGACUUCCUCUCCGGGAUCCAGAUUGAGUUCAAGCAGUCGCGACACCAGAAGAGCCUCCGCGCACAGCUCUACUGGCUCCAGGUGGAUAACCAGCUGCCCGGCUCCAUGUUUCCUGUUGUGUUUCACCCCGUGGCCCCUCCCAAAUCAGUUGCACUAGAUUCAGAACCAAAGCCUUUCAUCGACGUCAGCGUCAUCAUUCGCUUCAACGAAUACAGCAAAGUAAUGCAGUUCAAGUAUUUCAUGGUCCUCAUCCAGGAGAUGGCUUUGAAAAUAGACCAGGGAUUCCUAGGAGCCAUUAUGGGACUUUUCACUCCAGCAACAGACCCAGAAGCUGACAAACAAAGGAUGAAGCUGAUUCAGAAGGACGUUGAUGCGCUGAACACGCAGCUGAUGGAGUCUUCCCUGACGGAUAUUUCCCCGCUGAGUUUCUUCGAGCACUUCCACAUUUCGCCACUGAAGCUGCACCUGAGCCUCUCUUUGGGCGCCGGAGGAGAGGCCUCGGACCAGGCCAAGGGGGAGAUGAUCGCCAUCCACUCGGUGAACCUUCUCCUCAAGAGCAUCGGGGCCACGCUGACCGACGUGGACGACCUCAUCUUCAAGCUCGCCUUCUUCGAAAUCAAGUACCAGUUUUACAAAAGAGACGAGCUGAUGUGGAGAGUCAUUGGCCAUUACAGAGACCAAUUCCUGAAGCAGAUGUAUGUGCUGGUGCUGGGCCUGGACGUGCUGGGAAACCCCUUUGGCUUGAUCCGAGGCCUCUCCGAGGGGGUGGAGGCCUUCUUCUACGAGCCUUUCCAGGGAGCGGUUCAAGGUCCUGAGGAGUUUGCCGAAGGUUUUGUGAUCGGAGUCCGGAGUCUGCUGGGACACACCGUGGGGGGGGCGGCCGGCGUGGUCUCCCGCAUCACGGGCUCUGUCGGGAAGGGCUUGGCGGCCAUCACGAUGGACAAGGAGUACCAGCAGAAGAGGAGGGAGGAGAUGGGCCGCCAGCCCAAAGACUUUGGGGACAGCCUGGCCAAAGGAGGGAAGGGCCUGCUGCGGGGGGUUGUCGGCGGAGUGACUGGAAUAAUCACCAAGCCCGUAGAAGGUGCCAAGAAGGAAGGGGCGGCCGGCUUCUUCAAAGGCAUCGGCAAGGGGCUGGUGGGGGUCGUGGCCCGCCCCACGGGGGGCAUCGUGGACAUGGCCAGCAGCACCUUCCAAGGCAUCCAGCGGGUGGCUGAAUCGACAGAGGAGGUGUCCCGGCUGCGGCCGCCACGCUUGAUUUGCGAAGACGGCAUCAUCCGUCCGUACGACAGGGCCGAAGCCGAGGGAUACGACUUAUUUGAGAACUCUCACAUCAAGAAGUUGGCGGGAGAGAGCUUCUGCUUCCACUGCGCGGCUCCGGGAGGAAGGAAGGCCAACGUUGUGGUCACCAACAGGAGAGUGAUGCUCAUCAAGGAGGUGGAGAUCCUGGGACACAUCACCACCGACUGGGAUUAUUCGUACGAGGACUUCACGCGCCCACCGGCCGUGAGCAACAACGUGCUGCACGUCUAUGUGAAGGACCAAGGGCUGUUUCAGAAAAGAGAGAGUUCUGGACAAGAGUCAGUGAAGAACAUUAAAUUUUCCGAUGCUGCCUCUGCAAAGAGAGUUUGCCAAGCCAUUGACGAAGCCCAAGCGUCGAGGCAUCAGCAGAAGCUGGUCAAGCAGGCCUCUCUUCGGUUGAGCCGGUCCUAACCAAAACCUUGGGAGCAACACCUUCCAUUUGAAGGGCUUUACCUGGGAAUGGAUGUGCUGGGAAACGUGUGCAGACACCCAUCCCAUGGGGUUCGUUCCUCGCGCUUCAUCCCUCCGAGAACAAACCUCACUUCAAAACCAAUUUUUAAAACCACAUUUCAAUAUUGUUUGUGCACAUAAUAAUGUCUGCCGCAAAGACGGAGAAGGACGUGUCGCCGUUCCUUCUGCCUUAAUGUGGCAAAACUGACCAAAAUAUUAUUUGCUCAAGUAAAUGAAGGAAACUGUCCACUUUUCAGAUCAACUGGAUGAAGGUCACUCAGAAAACCUGCUUCCGUCCGUCCAUAGAGUUGAGUUUACAGGGCUCUGCGUCCGCACUCGUAAGAUACCUUACUUCUGUCCACCAAUAAAUAGUCCUCAGCACUGUCAGUUUGGAAUAUAUUUCUGUUUAUAGAAUGUAACGAGGCAUAUUUAGCUUAAUCUUUGGAAAGGGAUCACUGUUGACAAUCAGGAAGAGAAAGGCACAUCUCUGUCCAUGAACGAAUCAGUUGCAGGGCGGAAUGUAUUUUGCACAGCGAGACACGUUAUCUUGGAAAAUGUAUAUGAAUCAAUGCAAUCGUUGAAAUAUUAUUUUUUGUAAUUGAAGGGGUUGCAUGUGAAAAAUCAGUAUUUCUUAAAUCUGGGUGUGUGUGGCUUGUCUGUAACUUCUUGGCCUUUCCUUUGCACGCGCCUUGCUUCCCGUGGCACUUUUCUCACUCCCUUGUCCCCCCGUUUCACCAAGGUUUGGGCCAACAAAGGUACCAACGAUGGGGAGUUUUAGCGGGUUUGGGAAAUUUAGAAUAAAAUAUUUAUCAAUCAGGGCUUUGAUCAAGGAUAAUACAGGUGUGUAUCUGCUUCGUAUGUACUUUGCAUGCUGGUCUGUGUCCGUAUCUGGAACAUGGGAGAAAGAAUGUCAUGCGCAGAAUCCUCACUAAGCUCCUUGUCUCCAAAGUGACUUCUCUGUGUUCUUGUCCAUCGCAAUUCAGAGCCUGGGGUUUGCCUUGACCAAAAGGCAUCUCCAUGACUGGGGGGCUGGGGUGAUUUUGGCGUGAUUUUGUUUAAUCUGCUGUCCUUCAAACAACAAAGAAGCCAUGACAAUGAUGCCGUCCAUGCGCAGGGCUUCCUCCCGACUACGUUCACUGAGCGCCUUUGCACUUUGAGUCACAUACAAUGUACUUUUGCCGGUGUUUACUUCUGCUCUUGUAUGUACCAAACUGCCAAAUAAAAAGAUUUGAUAUCC